ACUCACUCCCGGUCCCAGUCCCAUCGCAGAUUUUCAAUUUUCAAAUUUCUCCGAAACGCUCGAAAGGCGACGUCUCUCUUCUCCCCUCUAGAAAUCCGGAUCCCCUACCAAUCCCCCAAAUCGCCGAGCCAAAUCCUGCAGAAAUCACGCGAGUUCGCCCAAUCUGCUCCCAAUCCAAGCGCCGGGAUCGUUUUGAGGUGGCGUCCGCGGCAUGGCGCAGACGCCAAAUCCCAGCCGGAGUUCGUGGGUGGGGCCGGCGCCGCAUCCGUUCCUCACGCCGCGGCCCGAGCGUCGGGAGCUGCGGUGGGCGGAAGCGGGGUCACACAGUUCCGUGCGCCGCAGCGGCGUAGGCGCCGGAAGCGUCGGUGGAGGGAAUGAAGGAGGUCGCGAGGCGAACGUGCAGGUCGUGCUCAGAUGCAGGCCGCUAAGCAAGGAGGAGCAGAAAGCGAAUAUACAAAGUGCCGUCUCUUGCAAUGACACUAAGAGGGAGGUCACAGUCCUGAACAGUCUAUUCAAGCAGGCAGACAAAACAUUCACCUUUGAUAAGGUUUUUGGUCCAAAAUCUCAGCAGAGGGUGAUAUACGAUCAGGCUGUUGCACCAAUCGUCGAUGAUGUCCUUGACGGCUACAAUUGCACUGUCUUUGCCUUUGGGCAAACUGGAACCGGGAAAACUUAUACUAUGGAGGGAGAGAUGAUGCAGCAGGUGGGUGAACUGCCAGCUGCUGCUGGUGUCAUGCCAAGAGCAGUGCGCCAUAUCUUCGAUAUUUUGGAAGCACGGAAGGCUGACUAUAGCAUGAAGGUAACCUUCUUGGAGCUCUAUAACGAAGAAUUAACAGAUCUGUUGGCUUCAGAGGACCAAAGUAGAUUCCCUGAAGAUAGACAGAAAAGGCCUACUAUAUCUCUGAUGGAAGAUGGCAAGGGCGGGGCGGUCAUAAGAGGCCUUGAAGAGAUUGUUGUAUACAGUCGUGGCGAGAUAUAUAGUCUUUUAGAACAAGGAUCAGCUAGGAGACGCACUGCCGACACUGCACUAAAUAAGCAAAGCAGCCGAUCACAUUCUGUCUUUUCCAUAUACAUCAAUGUCAAAGUAACAACAACAGGGAACCAGGAAGUCAUGAAGUGUGGGAGGUUGAACCUUGUAGACUUGGCAGGAUCAGAGAGUAUAGCUCGAUCAGGUGCAAAAGAGGUUAGAGCAAGAGAAGCAGGAGAGCUGAAUAAGAGCUUGUUAACACUGGGUCGUGUCAUCACUGCACUUGUGGAGCAUUCAAUUCAUGUACCAUACAGAGACAGUAAGCUCACCAGACUGCUAAGGGAAUCCUUAGGUGGAAAAGCCAAAACUUGCAUCAUUGCAACAGUAACUCCAUCUAUCCAUUGCCUGGAAGAAACUCUAGUUACACUUGAUUAUGCUUACCGUGCUAAAAGCAUAAGAAACAAACCAGAGGUAAACCAAAAAGUUUUCGAAUAUGUUAUGCUCAAGGAUCUCUAUCAAGAAAUGGAAAAAAUGAAACAAGAUGUAAAAGCCGCAAGGGAAAAGAAUGGAAUUUAUAUCCCUAAUGAAAGGUUUGUUCUUGAGGAGGCAGAGAAAAAGCAGACAAUGAGGGAAAAAUUAGAACAUUUGGAGCUUAGUCUGGAGAAGCAGAGCAGAGAACUUGAAAAAUUCAAAAGUUUGUACGUAGCAGAACAAGAGCGUAAGUUGAAAUUGGAAAGUCAGAAUAAAGAGUUGAAGAUGAACUUUGGAAGUUGCAAGGGGGAAUUUCUAGAUCUUCAAGAAGCUCAUUCUAGAGCUAACAUAGUUUUGAAGGAAAAGGACUUCAUAAUCUCAAAUUUACUCCAUACCGAGCAAUUAAUUCUUGAUCGUGCAAAGGCUAUGUGUGGCACCUUCGAGAAUAAAUCUGGAGACAUUGCUAAUCUCCAGAAUAAACUAGAAAGACGAUCAAAAACUGAAGAUGAAAAUAAAGGGUUGCUAGUCAAUUUUCGGUCUCAGUUGGAUCAGAGUCUUGGAGUUCUAAAUAAAACAAUUGUUGGAUCGAUUUGUGAUCAACGCCAAUUUUUGCAGUCUAUGACUGAACAAAUCAAUUCAUAUUUUUCAGCCAAGUCGGAGUCAGCGAAUCAUUUGGAGACUAGAAUCACAAAAGCCAAAGACGUGUAUGCGUCUGGUGUGCGAUGCAUGAACGAGCUUGCCAAAACUCUGGGGCAGCAAUCCAUCACUGACUGUGAGCAGAUGAAACUGAAUAUAGCUUCCCAUGCAAUAGCUGUUGACAAUUUUCUAGCAGUUAUGGUUUCAGAGGCUGAACAAGUACAAAAAGAAGUUUUAAGAUCCACUUCUGACCUCAAGGAAGUAUUAGCCUUUUCUGCUGAACAGCACGAAGUAGCAUUACAAAGGACUCUUUAUUCGGCACAAGCCAUGUCAAAGACAUCAAUUGAUUUCUUUAAUGAUAUCGGGGCACAUGUGUCUCGGCUUAUUAAACUUAUGGAACAAAGUCAAAGAGGAAGCUCCUCUCAGCUUGUUGAAUUUGAGAAGGAUUUUAAGGAAUUUGCUAUUCAAGAAGAGCAAGCUGCUCAUGACAAGAUUACUGGAAUUUUAGCAGACUUGACGGCCAGAAAAACAACAAUGGUUUCAGAAUAUGUAGGACAACUGAACGAGAAAUAUGGUGAAGAGCAGAAACACUUGACACUGGAAAUGUCCAACCUACAACAAAUUUCAGAUAAUGGCAAAAAGGAGGCUGCAUCCUAUGCUGGAAAAAUAGAGAGACAAUUCCAGGAGGACACGUCAGUGCAUGCCAAAACCAAACAUCAAUUGGGAGACAUCUUGGAUCAAUGCUUGAAGAGAAGUGACCAUUCUGUUUCUCACUGGUCACAAACACAGUCGUGUUUAGAAUAUCUAAAUAAGAGCUCAGUUGUCGAAGCUGAUGAAUUUAUCGAAGACAGAAGAAACGAAAAUGAGAGUAUCAUUAAGGAGAUGCUGCUGCUUUCUUCUCAGAAUGAUGCAGGGUUUCAUGCCAUUACAGCUGAUAUUUUGACUGCUUCUGAGAAUUCUCAAUUAUUGGAUCAUGAAACUAGAAAGAGAAUGGAAACUGUAUCAGCCUCUUUCUCCAAUCAUUUGGGAUUGCUAAAUGAAAAACACACUCAAGGCACAGAAUCUAUAAGAAUCAUUGCAAGUAACUGCAUUGAGAAGGAUUACAUGACUAAUAGCCCAGUUCGGCAUCCUCCACGGGAGCUACUGACAAGCGACUAUAGCUUAGAAUCAAUUGAGAAACUCAGAGCCUCUGUGCCAGAUCUUGUGUUGAAAUUCAAAUCAGAGAACAAGUUGGAUGAACUGGAGAAAGGAAAGGGAUACUCGGAUCAAAGGACACGUGCUCCAAGAAGUCCGCUCGUGUCAGUCAAUCACUAGCAUUAGCGAAAGAAUGUAGCGAAGUGUAAAAAUUCCCAGACGUUGUAAAGAGGGCAAGAUCUCUUGCCCGAUUGUUAAUUUAGCAUGCAUCAGCAAUGAAAUAUUGCACCUGUGUGCAAUGCUUCUAAUCUUAGGGAAGUGAGAACGGAAAUGCAGGGGCCAUGCGUUUUGCAUUAUGCAAAGAUCAAUCGAUCUUGUAAGUAUUUUGUUUCCAACAUGUCUGAUGAGUUAAUUAAUCAAAUGGAUGCUCUAAGUGUGUAAGGUGGAA